UCGAAGCCUCUGUCUGAAAUUUGAAUAUAAACAAUAUGAUUAAAAUGGAGCUUCUCGGCUAUCGUUAAAGGUCGUAAUGCUGUCCUCAUUUUGAAGCGUUUAACAUGUUUAAAAGCAAGAACCUAUUCAGCAGUCAAUUGGAUUUGUCACAUUCAAACAUUCAAUUUUAGGACUGGAAAUCAGGCUCUAGAAUCUCAGGCAAAAUGAAAAGAUCAGUCGAAGGAGUUAGUAGUCCAUAUUUUGUCCAGAGCAAAGAAUCUAAAGCUAGUCCCAUUAAAAGAAGUAAAAAAGAAAAGUUUGAUGGGAUCCCUGUUGAGCAGAUUUUGGAGAAAAAGCUGCCAGAUCAUCUUGCUCCAAAUCUUGAUAUUUUAUUUGUUGGUAUUAAUCCUGGAUUGAUGUCAGCAUUCAAAGGUCACCACUACUGUGGGCACAAUAACCAUUUUUGGCCAUGUCUUUAUGAGUCUGGGCUGGUACCUGAGAAGCUUACCUUCACAGACGACCAUAGAUGCCUGGAAUACAAGAUUGGUCUUACUAACAUCGUGGAAAGAACAACAAGAUCUUCCAGUGACUUGAGCACUCAAGAGAUUAAGGCUGGAAUAGAAGAGAUGAACAGAAAGGUAGCGGAAACAAAUCCGGUGAUUGUGUGCUUCAACGGAAAAGGAAUAUAUGAAGUUUUUUCGAAAAAGAAAUGCAAUGUUGGUCUUCAAAGCAACAGAUAUCCAGGAACAAACAGUGCAAUGUAUGUUAUGCCUUCAACAUCGGGGAGAACGAUGUCUUACCCGAGAAAGUCAGAUAAGCUAGUAUUUUUUCAAGAACUAAAACAGCUACUUGAAAGCUCACGGAAAGAGAACACUCUCCAAGACAAGUGAAGAAAAUGCAGAUGUAAGAUAUAUUAGAAGUUUGUCCAAAACAAUA